CAUCUUGUUUGAGAAUAUGUAGGGUAUCGCUUAACACAUUCCAUCCGGAGGACUCAUCGCCGUGAUUUCUGUUAAUUCUCUACAGUUCUCCCUUUGUAAAAGCCCAUGCUUACCUGAGACUUGGAUCUUUACUCUUUUUCUUUGUAGACGCGGAAUUUUGCCGCCAUGUUCCGCUGUAUUCCAUUGUUUCGAGCCUGUAACAGGCAUGUGGAUGUUGUGGACCGCCGGCACGGGAAUUUGUCAGCGGUACCUGACGACGUGUACCGCUAUUCACGGACCCUUGAAGAGUUGUUACUGGAUGCAAACCAGAUUAGAGACCUACCUAAGCAAUUUUUCCGGCUACAAAAUCUGCGUAAGCUGGGACUAAGUGACAAUGAACUGGAGAGGCUACCUGCAGAAAUAGGAAACUUUAUGAAUCUGACAGAGCUUGAUAUCAGCCGCAAUGAUAUCAUAGAAAUUCCAGACAAUAUUAAGUACUGCAAGGCUCUGACUGUCAUUGACUUCAGUGGCAACCCACUUUCCAGACUACCCUCUGGUUUCACAGAGCUGCAUCAUCUCGCCCACCUUACGCUGAAUGAUGUUACCCUGGAAAACCUACCCACAGACAUAGGAAAGCUGUCCUAUCUGCUGACCCUUGAGUUACGCGAAAACCUCCUGAAGACACUGCCAGAGUCGCUGUCCUUCCUGGUUCGCUUAGAACUCCUGGACCUGGGCAGCAAUGAGCUGGAGGAGCUACCGGAGACCUUGGGGGCACUACCCAACCUGAUGGAGCUCUGGCUGGACUGCAAUGCACUGAGCUCCUUGCCACCGGAAAUUGGCAACUUGACCAGGUUGACUGUCCUGGACAUCUCUGAAAACAGCUUGGAGAGUCUCCCUGAUGAGAUCAGUGGUUUACAAAGCCUAACAGACCUUACCCUCUCACAGAACUGCCUGGAGAAAUUGCCGGAUGGAAUAGGCAAACUUAAAAUGCUGAGUAUCCUGAAAUUAGACCAGAACAGAAUCAUGUCGCUCCCGUCGUCCAUCGGAGGAUGUGAGAGUAUGACGGAGCUGAUUCUCACAGAGAAUAUCAUUCAGGAGCUUCCUCCAACCGUCGGUAACCUGUCCAAACUAAACAACCUGAAUGUGGAUCGUAACAGACUCCUACAUCUAAUACCAGAGAUCGGCAAGUGUUCCCGUCUUGGUGUCAUCUCCUUGCGAGAUAAUCGUCUGACAAGGUUACCCCCUGAGAUUGGCAUGCUGAAAGAGCUGCACGUCCUGGAUGUAUCUGGUAACCGGCUGGACUGGCUGCCUAUUCAGCUGGCCAACUGCAACCUGAAGGCUCUCUGGCUGUCAGAAAACCAGUCUCAGCCGUUGCUCAACUUCCAGACGGAUGAGGUUGGACCACAGCAACUCAAAGUACUGACCUGCUUCCUGUUACCCCAGCGAGGACCCUCGGAGAGCAUGGAGAACCUUCUGGCUGGUAGUAUCGCUACCAAUGAAGAGGAUAACAGGGUCAGCUGGACUGAGAAACCCGAGAAAGACAAGGCCAUUAAAUUCCAUGAUGACAAGGUGGACUUUGAGGAGCAUGAGCGACCGUCCAACUUUGUUCGUCACGAUACACCCCACCCCAGGGAACUUAAGGCCAGACAUCCUAAGUUUGCACACCAAGGCCAUCAUAAAGGCAAGCACAAUCGUUCCACAGAUGAAGACGAAAGCCAAGUGGGUACAGAUGAUGAAGCCGAGAAGCGGUUGUCGGGCAGCUUUAAGUCUCCGACUGAAACUGAUCCAUUACUCGCUGGAGCCAGUGGAACGGUCAUCGUUCCUACGCUAAUGUCUACCCAACUGGCUUCACCUUCACCAGUAGCCAAUGUAGAGGACGACAAUAUGGAUGAUCCCCUGCUCAAAGCUGUCAGUGUUGCCCCGGUCCAAGCUGAAGUCCCAUCCUCGAUUGAUCGGCGAUCAGGGGAGAUUUCUGAGAAUGACUCUGAGAAGCAUGUCGGAUUCUCAAGUGACAUCGAAGACCAACUUGAAAAAACUGACCUGAAAUUACACCGGCGUGACACCCCGCACUACUUGAAGAACAAGCGGGUGAACUUGAACGAGGAACCGGACGAGAAGACAACGGCUCUCUUGAACCAAGUCCUGGCUCGUACCGCUGCAGAGCAGGCCCAGAGAGAGCAGCCCAAAUAUGACCGGCUGGAAAUAUCCUUUUCAAGAGAAGGUGGCGGUCUUGGCAUCAGCAUAGCUGGAGGUCGUGGGUCCACUCCAUAUAAGGGCAAUGACCAGGGAAUCUUUAUAUCCAAAGUAGUGGAAGGAGGGAUGGCCUUCAAGCAGGGUCUGUUGGUGGGCGACAAGGUUGUCUCGGUAAAUGGAGUGAACUUAGUGGAUGCCGAUCAUCUAGAAGCAGUGGAAGCUCUGCGGAAUAGCACAGAUCACAUUGACAUCGUCAUCUUACGAGAGACGGAGGUCAAGCCUGAUGUCACUGCCACAGCUAACCAAGAAAAUGAAGAAUCCACGGCUGAGGUGAAUUUACCGCCGGCCACAGUCCCGGAUGAUAGUGAACCCAUCAAGGUGCAGGAGAGGCCGGGCGUCAAGUUUGCGCCCGAGCCCAAAGUCCGACUGGUCCAAGAGAAAAUAUCAGUGAGGUUAUGCAAGGAUUCCAAUGGUCUUGGGUUCAGCAUCGCUGGAGGAAAAGGCUCCACACCUUUCAAGGGCUCUGACAAUUCCAUCUUCAUCUCAAGAAUUACUGAGGGAGGAGCCGCAGAUCGCAUUGGUGUACUGCAAGUCGGGGACAAGGUGCUAGAGAUUAAUGGUGUUGACAUGGAAUACGCUAGACACGACCAAGCAGUAGCUCUACUGACGAGCACCAAAAUCAUCUCUAUGCUUGUAUUCCGCGAGUCCAUGGAGGUGGAACAUCAUGAACCUAUCGUCAAGCAUGAACCUCCCGAGUACUACGAUCAGCGUGCUGAUGGCUACACUAAUCAUGUAGAACCAGUGAAGGAAGACAUACGAUUAGUACGCACAGGUGGUCCUCUAGGGCUCAGCAUCGUCGGUGGAAUUGAUCAUUCCAGUCAUCCCUUUGGUGGUAACCAACCUGGUGUUUAUAUUUCAAAGAUUGUUCCAAAUGGUUCAGCAGCUAGGACAAAUCUGUGCGUGGGAGAUCGCAUCAUCAGAGUGAAUGGUGUAGAAAUGAAGCACGCUACACACCAAGAGGCUGUUACUGCACUGCUGUCCAAUCCGCAUGAGAUCCUGCUCCGAGUCAGUCAUGACCCCCCACCGCAGGGACUCAAGGAAAUCAUGAUCAUCAAAGCUCCAGGAGAGAAGCUAGGCAUCAGUAUCCGAGGGGGAAACAAAGGUCACCCAGGGAACCCCCUGGAUAAGAACGAUGAGGGCAUAUUCAUAUCAAAGGUAAAUGAAAUUGGAGCAGCUUCUCGCGAUGGAAGGUUAUGUGUUGGGAUGAGAAUAUUGGAGGUGAACGGUCAAAGCAUGCUGGGUGCCAGACACGGUGACGCAGUCCGUGCACUGCGGAGCGCGGGCGAACGCAUCCAGCUCUUCGUGUGCGAUGGCUACGACCAGAAUGAAGUUGCCUUCUGGCAGGCCCGACCUGGCGUGGUCGGUAACCCGCUGCAGCACUACGACAGCAACAAGCGCACCAGCCAGGAGAGCAUAUCGUCCAUUGACAGGGAGAUGACUACCGAGGAACUCAACAGGCUGAACGAGGAGAGUCAGUAUCAGCAGGAGGCUGACCAGUGGGAAAAGGAAGAGCUUGCCAAACUGGAUUUGACACUGAAGGAGGCAAUGAGAUUACAGAGGGAGGAGGAUACCAAGCUACUCAUGUCAGACGACAACAUUACUAAUGAUAACCCAAUGCAGAAAGUCACCAUGAGAACAUUGGAAGAUAUUGAGCCGCCACCCCCUGUGGCAGUGGAAGAGCCGGUGCAGCAGAACCCAACUCCUGUAACAGAAUCGCUGCCUUCCCCUCCGGUCAUCGCCAACAGCUACAGCAGUCCAGAAGCCGAGGAAGACCUGCCCCCUCCCCCUCCACUGACCAGCCCUCCUCCGUUCAGUCCACCCCCUGCCGAAGAAAAGCCAAAGAAAAUGGGUCCGCCCGUGGCCCCUCGCCCCGCUAAGGACCCGGCUGGUAGGUCCAAGCUAGUCUCUACCUCCAGCACUGCCACAAGUCGCUCCUCUAGUACGUCUAGCCCACCUACAUCACCCCAGCCUGUCAAAAAGGUGGCCCCUCCCGUCGCCCCAAAACCCCCCAAAUGGGAUGACCGAGAUCCCUCACCGCCCCCCACCUGCCCCCCGACAGAGGAAGAGCGGGAGGAGAUGGAGAAGCUGAAACUGGCCAAGCAGGCCCGCAAGGAGGCCCUGAGGGUGGCGCGGCUGUCCUGUGGCAGUGUGGGCAGUCGCUCCUCGGGAACAGGGAGUCCCAUCCUGUCGCCAGAGAUCAUAUCGCCGGUCUUGUCUCCGCUCAUUUCAACUCAGCCCAUGAUGAAAGCAUCCGGACCCGAAGGGCUUGCCUUCAAAGACAAAUGGAAGCGUUUUGAGCAACAGGUCGAUGAGCAGGCCCACUCGACACCUAAGUCAACUGGCAAGAAAGUCACCCUCGUCAGCGAUCAAGAUUUGCAGAAGAUCAAAGAAGAUGAAGACAGGAGAAUGCACUCCAUGAGUGAGGAUGACCGCAUGAACUACUCACGCAGCAUCACCAUAGAAACCACGCCCAGCAAACAAGCCACAUCGGACGAUAUAUUCAACAUCACGGGUUCUAGCAUUAGUCCAAUAACUGGUCUACCCACUGAAAUUAGAACGGCGAAAGCCGAGCGAAGGUACUAUGAGAAAUUAAAGGCGGAGGGCCACGUGAGCCCCGACGUCAACCAAGAGGAUGGGCUUGAAAAGGGGCUGUCCCCGGCGGAGAUCAGGGCUAAAGAGGCGGAGAAGAGGGCAGCAUGGCGGGCAGCCAGGAUGAAAUCACUGGAUGAUGAUGCUCUCAGGGCCCAGAUGGUGCUAACACAACACAAGGAUGCUGAAGAUGGUCUCCGCUUCAAUGCCCUAAGUAAUGGCAACAACAAACCUUCAGAAAAUGGCGAGAAUCCGCCAGUCAAGGUAUCGCCACUGGAAGCUGAGCUACAGUUCAUUGAUGAUGAAAACGGUGGAGAUUGAGUCUAUAUAGCCCCUGCUACAAGUAGCAUGCUGGGAAGCAUUGCUCAACCCGCCUGUGGAAAGUGGAAUGUUCCAGUCUUUCCGACCAAUCGGGUGUCUCCAUAAGCAUGCGGCAACGCUACUACACUUUUUAUAAAUGGAAUAAAUCAAAUUGCAGAUUUUUAACCAUGUUGCACCACAGUUUUUGGAGCUAUAUUUUUAACAAAGCCUUAUCAAAUCUGGGGAUCGGAAAGAGGUUUUUAGAUGGUGUAGGAUUGUAGUUUUUAUCUAAUAAGUUGGAGGUCUGAUAUCAACACACACAAAAUCUGAACGUUUCCUGUAUCAUAGUCAUCAUAUUUGUUUUCUUUUUGUUUUAAUACAUUUAUUUAUUACUAUAAAAAAUUGUUCUCCAAAUAUAGUAGGAUGUGUAAAUUUUGAAAGGGGAAGUGUUUGUAACAACAGGUUUCAGGGGAGGGACUAUUUUCUCUUGCAUUUUGGCAGCAUUUGAAAGGUAGACAGUACAGAGAAAAAGCAGUGGACAGGAUUUGAAGAGUGGAACGUAGCAGUAUUUUGAACCUGUGUAGGUAGUGUUGUUCAGAUUCACUCCAUAUCUGCAACACCGGUAGCAUUGGACCAUCCUUUUUCUUGUACUUUGAUGUACAGAAUUUUAACAUUUUUAAUGGAGAUAUGUACAGACAUGAGAAAGUGAAGACUUGUUUAUCAUCUUUGUAGUGUAGAAAGACAUCUGGGAAGAAAGAGGUUGGAUAAUUCCAGACAUUUUAAGCGCUGAAUGUCCUUUGGUGUGAAAUCUGUCAUGUUUCCUUUAAACUUGCCAAAAAUGUGGGUCCUUUGAAAUAAUUUCUUCCCAGGCCAAGAUUUUAGCAGUUGUAGGUGUUGAUUUUAAUUGAAAAUUGUAUUAUUUCAUGAUUAUGACACAAUUCUUUUUAAGUUUUUUGUAAUUGGAUGAGCUGUGAAUAAAUUUCCCAUAAUUAUGUGCUUUUAGCGUACUUUUUUAUGUCACAUUUUAGCCCUUGGUAGUAUUUGUCUGAGGAUUCGAUAAACUUUCACUGCUGAUCGGGAAACUCUCUAACUUUUCAUUUUCACUUGAAGUGUUGUUUGGAAAUGA